CAUCUGCAACACCAUCAUCAAUCGCGCCUCCUAACGACCCCCUCACACUAGUUACGCCUGACCACACGAACUCAUCUCGCGCAUCGCCGUCCGAUUCAUUCUACCAAACCGCGGUCAACGAUCGCAAGCCCGGGGUCGAGUGUACCUCAGAUAAGCUACUCGCCUCCUCACCUCACAUCGACCGACGUCCCAGCUACCCACCAUGAAGCCCGUCGUAUCUGCCAUGAACGCAUGGACAUGCAUUGUCGUGUCUGUGUUCGCAAUCGUCAUCCUCUCCAUCAUCGGCGCCUUGUUCAAGGCCAAUAGCCACACGAUGAUGGGAUCAGAGGAUGAUCCCAAGGAUGGCGGUGCCGUAGCCGGAGCCGUCUUUGGCGCUGUGAUUAUAUACGCUGGUUUCUUCGUCUUCUGUGGAAUCCAAGCCCUCCUCCACAUGCGCGAAGCUCGACGCGGCGCGAUAAGUCUAUCAUAGCCUCUUCCUACUCAACUGUCCAUCCACAAUCCAUCCACCCACUCGGGGGCCUCCCUUACACCUUUGCUGAGCCAACCCAUUCUCAACACAGCGUAGUAGGGAUAUUGUACUUCUUACUUAGAAUAUAUGGCGUUUUGUUGGCUUGGUUCAUCACCUUCGGCAUGGCUUAGGAUUCUGUAAAUGUUCUUUCGGUUUAUACAACAUGCGCAAGCGACUAUUCUGGAGCCUGAGUUGAAACAAUCUGAAUAUGUGGAAACUAUAAGGGUGUCAGUCCUGUGCAGUGGGCCUCGGCCUUAUUCUCCAUCUAGUGGAGGAAACUCCUAAAUAUAUUCAAUAUUGCCCCAAUCCU